CGUGCAGCUCGUCGAGCUGCGAGCGGAAGAGGGUCUCGAUUGCAGGGGUAUCUUCAAAACCAAAUCUAGCCUGUCCUGCAGGCGAAAGAAACAACAUGCUCCCAUUGAAAGCGGAGGGUGAGGGUGUGAGCCAUCGAAUCUUGAUAGGGAAGCCAAAAUAUAUGCGCUCGUCGAUGGGUCAAGACCAUCGCCACCGCAAGGCAUGACUGGAUGAGAAAAAGGCGCAAUGCUGCGUUCAUACCAGCAUGGAAUCCUUAUCGGCAUGAGCACAUGAAGAUACGCAGUGCUGUAGACGUCAGCAGAGAGCCUGGAGAGCGGGAUACGGUCCAGCAAGCGCCGAUCGCAUCCGCCACUUGCCCAACGCCUCGCGAUAAGCCGGCUCAAAGCGGUAGGCAAGGCUUAUAAGCGCGCAAGAUACGCGCAUGAUUGGGCGGGCAAGACGCAGCGCAAUCGGUCAGCGUCGGAUCCGUUGCUGGCGUCGUUUGCGGGGAAUCGUGCCGAAAUGGAUGGUUGGCGCUCCUCCAGGAUUUUGCGUGCUCCAGCCGUUUUUGUUGAAGCUAUUGCAUCAUGCAUCGCACGCAGUUGUGUGCGAUCGCCUCGACGGAAGCCUUCUCUAAAUAACCCAAAUUACGAUGUCGAAUGCCAGCAUUCCUGCCACCAACACCGUGUAGCGGAGCGAUUGAUGCAUGACGCCACGCAGGCGCUGCCCGUCCACGACGCAGCGCCACGCAGACGGGCAUCCAAGAAGGUGCGGUUGAAGGCGGUAGAGUAUCGCCGAAUGGUGUUUUGCGAAGCCAAAUGGGCGAUGAGUGGAAGGACCUUUGACGUGCUCAGCCUCAGCUUCAUACCUCGGUCCAUGCUCGGUGGGAAAGGCACGCUCGCCAUAUCGCGAUUCAGGAAGAUGCAACGGAUCGCGUGAUCGAUACACGUCUUGCUCUCGAUCAACGGACGGGAUGUCUAUCUCAGUCGCGAGACGUGGCGACGAUGCGCCACACGGGUGCGCUGAUAACGAGACAAAUGUGGAAGCGAAAGACACGCACGCAGCAUGCCGCAUCGCUUGGAUGCGAGCGAGCGUCACUUUAGCGCUUGCACCACCUUUCCUCGGAGGCCGCUUGAUUCUUCGCCCGUUUCCUUCCUUCCUGAGCUGCGCUUUGAUCUUUGAUCUCUUCUCGUUCGGCAUUGCGUCCGUGCUAUCAGCAUCUUCCGCAUGUCACAGCUCCACUUUCUCGCAAUCCUCCACUCGUGACUGUGGACCUAUCGCUCUGCGCGCAUUCAUCUUGCUAAAAAACACAGCUGCGCUAGCCUUGCACAUUUCGAACUUCUGUCAGUUUCCGUUCGUCAAUCCGCCUUCGUAAUUCGUCCUAUUAUAUAUGGUGACAGUCAUCAGUCAGAGGCAAUAUCGACGGAGCGCCGUCGAUGUAGCGUGUGCGCGGUGCCCACCAGUCAC